UUAUUUUGUUUACUGUGUGAAGCCCCUGCUCCUGCAAAUCAUUCAGCUUCCGUCGUUGCUUCCGCUCCUCCAUGGGCUCAGUAGAAGCUCUCGUAGCGCAUAUCCAAGGCCUUUCGGCAAAUCCCGGCGAAAUCGCUCACCUCCACGCCAUUCUCAAGCAAUCGGAGGAGACGCUUCGCGUGCAGGCGUCUCGUCUCGUCCCUUUUAUCGAGCAACUCGAUCCUUCCAUUCAUUCCCUCGGUUAUCUCUAUCUUCUGGAAGCAUAUUCAUCUGGACCGAUUGCAAGCGAAAAUAUUAGCAGUUUCCUUGCAUGUGUUAUUGGAUUUAUCAAUUUCUGCUCAGCAGAACAGAUUCGUGUAGCACCUGAAAAAUUUAUAUCUGUGUGCAAGAGGUUCAAGGAUCAAGUAAUUCUGCAUCAGGUGCCAUUACAGGGGGUUGCUCCAUUGAGGACCGCUGUUCGAAAGCUUCAAUCUUCCUAUGAGCAAUUGACUGCACUUCAUCCCGAUUUCCUUCUCCUUUGUCUAUUGUCAAAGUGCUACAAAGCAGGCACAAGUAUUUUGGACGAUGUCGUAUUGGAAAUUGAUCAGCCCAAGGACUUUUUUCUGUAUUGCUACUAUGGGGGAAUGAUAAAUAUUGGGCUAAAGCGAUUCCCAAAAGCUUUGGAGUGUCUUCAUAAUGUUGUUACUGCACCAAUGACAACCAUUAAUGCGAUAGCUAUAGAAGCAUACAAAAAGUAUAUUCUUGUUGCGCUUAUUCAUCUUGGGCAAAUUUUAUUGCUGCCAAAAUAUACAGCGUCAACUUUGCUAAGAAGUCUUAAAAGUUAUGCUCAGCCUUAUGUUGAUUUGGCUACUUGUUAUGCGACGGGAAAAUUUUCAGAUCUAGAAGCAUUUAUUCAGACUAAUAUGGAGAAAUUUAAAUCUGACAAUAAUCUUGGAUUGGUUAAGCAAGUUCUUUCUUCUUUGUACAAGCGCAAUAUCCAGAGGUUGACUCAAACUUACUUGACUUUGUCGCUUCAAGAUAUAGCCAACGCUGUUCACUUAAACAGCUCGAAAGAAGCUGAAUUGCGAGUACUUCAGAUGAUUCAAGAUGGAGAUAUUUUUGCGACAAUAAACCAGAAAGACGGUAUGGUCAGUUUUCAUGAGGAUCCAGAACAAUACAAGACUUGUGAGAUGAUUGAUCAAAUUGAUUCAUCAAUUCAAAGAUUGAUGGCCUUGUCAAAGAAGCUGACUGCAAUAGAUGAGCACAUUUCUUGCGAUCCGGCCUACGUUUCAAAGAUUGGGAGAGAAAGACCGAGAUUUGACUUCGAUGACUUCGAUUCUGUUCCGCAUAAAUUCCUGUGAGGAUGAAGGAGCCUCCCCUCAUUGAGUAUGAUUCCUUCAUUGCCAGAAUCUUGAUAAUUUUAUUUCUUUUCUUAUCCGGUACUGCUGUGCAUUUUAUUGCUUUGAUUCAGUUUUUCUGUUAGCUCUGAGAAUGCUAGCUCCUCUUUUUUGUAUGUUUAUCUGAGGUUCAUCUUAUUUGAGUAAAAUGAUGGAUGGUAGUAAUUUUUAGUGCCAUCAUGACAUAUUAGAGUUAAGGAUUGAUGUUCUGCGAAGUUACUUCUGUAACUUUGCAGCACUUAACAGCCUUAGUGAUGUAACACUUGAUUCCAUUAUGAUCUGCUGCUUGGCUUUCA